AUGUCUGCGUGGGAAAAGACAAAGCGCUAUUCGAAGAAGGGCUUCGACAAAGCAUGGGAUACGGUCGACAAACUGGGCCCCCCCGUCAAUCGCUUGUCGAAUAAAUUAGGCGCCGAAGCCUUCUGGCCGAUGCAAAUUGAUAAAGAGAGCGACAAAGCCGCCCGCAUCCUGCGCAGUUUCUGCAAGGAUGGCUUCUAUGCCCCCGAAUCCGAAUCAACGACAGAUGAGAAUGGCAAGAUUAAUCGGCCCAAGGGCAAGCAACGGGUGAUCAAGAAAAUCCCCGCGAAGGUCAUCAAAAAUGCCAAGGGCCUUGCCAUCUUUACCACGAUGAGAACCGGUCUCUGGGUCAGUGGCUCGGGAGGCAGUGGCGUGCUGCUGGCUCGGAUUCCCGAAACGGGUGAAUGGAGUCCGCCCUCCGGCAUCAUGCUUCACACGGCCGGUAUUGGGUUUCUGGCGGGAGUGGACAUCUAUGAUUGCGUCGUGGUGAUCAACACGUACAAGGCGCUCGAUGCAUUCAAGAAGGUGCGCUGCACCCUCGGCGGCGAAGUCAGUGCCACAGCUGGUCCGGUGGGGAUGGGUGGCGUUCUCGAAUCGGAAGUCCAUAAACGUCAGUCCCCGAUUUGGACCUAUAUGAAGAGCAAGGGUCUCUAUGCUGGUAUUGCCGUGGAUGGAACCAUUAUUAUUGAGCGAACCGACGAGAACGAGAAGUUUUACGGUGAACGCAUCUCGGUGACCGAUAUUUUGGCAGGAAAGGCUCGCCAUCCCCCGGACUCGAUCCAGACGCUUCUCCAGACCAUCAAAGCGGCUCAGGGCGACGUGGACGUGGAUGAGAGCUUGGUUCCACCCCCGGAGAAACCCCCGGUGAUCUGGACGUGA